GCAGUUGGCAGCACUUCUAAAGUGAUAGAUUUGUCGUACUCUGUCUAAAUGUUAUCGAAAAUGGCGCUGUUGUGGACCUGCAGACGAAAUGUUAUAGGAGAAUUUGUAAUUAAAAUGUCAUGGAAAGGCAGGUUAUUGAAAUUACCCCGGAACCAUUAUUUCAUUCAUCCAACUUCUUCAUUUGGAAGUCAUUUUACAAGUAGCCACCGCUCAUUACCUGUGCAAUCCAGGGUAUUUGGUAGAUUAUCUCAAAAUGCGGUUAGGCAUGUCAGCAGCUCAAACACCUCCAGUGUUUCUCGAGCUAUAGUUUAUACUCCAGAAGAUGUUUCAUCCAAAAAAACACCUUUAAAAGACGCCUCUCAAAUUGCUGGUCCAACUGUCUUAACUCAGAAGAAUUCAAGAGUUUGGUUUCAUGCUGGAGUUGGUCAUAUUCAUGAAGAUGAUGGUGGCCCACCCCGUAAUGGUGAAGAUAAAGUGAAUAGCAAACAGAUGAUACGAGCUAUGCUAUCGUAUGUGUGGCCGAAGGAUGAUCCAGAUAUAAGAAAGCGAGUGAAAAUAGCAAUGGGCUUGUUAGUUGGAUCCAAGGCACUUAAUGUGUCUGUUCCUUUUCUAUUCAAGUAUGCAGUUGAUACUCUGAAUGUGACCCCUGAUGGAAAUAUUUUGAAUUUGGCCACAGCUUCUGAUACAGUUCUGACUUACUCAGUUGCUCUACUCUUAGGCUAUGGCAUUGCCAGGGCUGGUGCCGCAGGUUUCAAUGAACUGAGAAAUGCUGUGUUUGCUCGUGUUGCACAACAUUCAAUAAGAAAAAUUGCUCGUAAUGUUUUUUUACAUCUUCACAACCUUGAUCUCUCAUUCCAUUUGUCUCGUAAGACAGGUGCACUUUCCAAGACCAUAGAUCGGGGAAGUCGAGGCAUAAACUUUGCUUUGUCUGCAAUUGUCUUCAAUAUAGUACCAACCCUCUUUGAAUUGGGCAUGGUAGCUACAAUACUGGGGAUCAAGUGUGGACCUGAGUAUGCUGCAUUAUCUGUAGGUUGUGUUGGUCUUUACACUGCUUACACCCUUGCUGUGACACAGUGGCGUACUAAAUUUCGUGUAUUGAUGAACAGAGCAGAAAAUGAAGCUGGUAACCACGCCAUAGAUUCUUUAAUCAACUAUGAAACUGUAAAAUAUUUUAACAAUGAGACAUUUGAAGCCAACAAAUAUGAUAAAUCAUUAAAGAAGUAUGAGGAUGCCUCACUGAAAACAAGCACUAGUCUAGCUGUUCUUAACUUUGGUCAGAAUGCUAUUUUUAGUGGAGCAUUAAGUAUGAUUAUGAUCAUGGCUGCUCACCAAAUCUCAGCAGGUACCAUGACAGUUGGUGACCUUGUCAUGGUUAAUGGGCUCCUGUUUCAGCUAGGAGUACCAUUAGGCUUUCUGGGCUCUGUUUAUAGAGAAGUCAGACAAGCUUUAAUUGAUAUGCAAACAAUGUUUACAUUGAUGACUGUUGAUCCACAAAUUACGACAAAGCCAAACACUGCUCCUUUUGUAGUCACUCCAUCUAAUGCAUUUAUUGAGUUCCGAAAUGUAAGCUUUGAUUAUGUGCCAGGAAAGCCCAUCUUCAAGGACCUCUCAUUUACUAUCCCAGCUGGGAAAAAAGUUGCCAUUGUUGGUGGUUCUGGCACUGGCUCUGUUCUUUUUCAUGACACUAUUCAAUUUAAUGUCCACUACGGAUCAUUGGAUAGACCAAUGGAGGAUGUAAUAGAAGCUGCCAAAUUAGCAGAUCUUGAUGCAUCAAUUCAAACAUGGCCACAGGGCUAUGAGACUCAAGUUGGAGAGAGAGGGCUGAAAUUGUCAGGUGGAGAGAAGCAACGUGUUGCUAUUGCUCGAGCAAUUUUGAAGAACUCUCCAAUUUUAAUUCUUGAUGAAGCGACAUCAUCGCUAGAUUCCAUAACAGAGCAGAACAUUGUUGAUGCUCUGAGGAGAGCUACCAAAGGGAGAACUUCAAUUGCCAUAGCUCAUCGACUUUCAACUGUAAUGGACUGUGAUAAUCUUUUAGUCAUAGAUAGUGGCCGAUUGGCUGAGCAAGGGACACACCAUGAACUUGUUUCCAAUCCCAAGUCAAUAUAUGCUCGUUUAUGGGCAACCCAGCAGGGCCUUAACAUGAAACAACUAUAAAGUAUCUACUGUGAUAGUGUUGUCUAUAUUGCUCUGUUUGGCUAGCAUUUACUCUGCACUGUGAUGUGUUCCUGAUACAUGUACACUUGGAACCCAAGUGACAUUUGUUCUCAUGUACAUUUGUAAAUAUCCUGAAUAUUAAUUACCCUGUAAAAUUUACUCAUGUUAACAAAAAACAAUUGUCAAGAUGAAUAAAGUAUUCUUUCAGAUUGAGGAA